AUGUCAGACUUCUGGCCUCCAGGACUGUGGGACAGUGAAUGUCUGGUGUUCUCAGCCACCCAGUUUGUGGCAGCCCGGGAGACUGACCCGAGUGUCCUGGAGAGUCGAGCCCAGAGCGCGCCCCCCCCUUUCCUCCACCACCUCUUCUUCUGGCAGCCAAGGGCGGUCGGCGGGGGCGGCUGGGGUCUUCAGCCCUUUCAUUUCAGCUUUCCAGCUUCCCCGCGCCCGAUCGACCGCCAGAGGUACGACGAGAACGAAGACGUGUCGGACGUGGAGGAGAUCGUGAGCGCCCGCGGCUUCAGCCUGGAGGAGAAGCUGCGCAGCCAGCUGUACCAGGGCGACUUCGUGCUCGCCNCCCCAGGAUGGGCAGAGCCAGGGAGUUUUCUUCCCCUAACCAACCGAUCGUGGUUCGUUUGCGCCUUCAUGACUUCACCGGCUUGUUUUAAUUCCAAUAUCCAAACAGAUUUCAACUAUGAGUACGUGCAGAGAGAAGCUCUCAGGGUUCCCCUGAUCUUUCGAGAAAAAGAUGGACUGGGAAUUAAGAUGCCUGACCCUGACUUCACAGUCCGAGAUGUCAAACUCCUCGUGGGUAGCCGGCGGCUGGUGGAUGUGAUGGACGUGAACACUCAGAAGGGCGCGGAGAUGAGCAUGUCCCAGUUCGUGCGCUACUACGAGACGCCCGAGGCGCAGCGGGACAAGCUGUACAACGUCAUCAGCCUGGAAUUCAGCCACACCAAGCUGGAGCACUUGGUCAAGCGUCCCACUGUGGUAGACCUGGUGGACUGGGUGGACAACAUGUGGCCGCAGCACUUGAAGGAGAAGCAGAUGGAAGCCACAAACGCCAUUGCGGAGAUGAAGUACCCGAAAGUGAAGAAGUACUGUCUGAUGAGUGUGAAAGGUUGUUUCACUGACUUCCACAUCGACUUCGGAGGCACUUCCGUGUGGUACCAUGUUUUCCGGGGUGGGAAGAUCUUUUGGCUGAUUCCUCCAACCCUGCACAACUUGGCACUGUACGAGGAGUGGGUGCUGUCAGGCAAACAGAGCGACAUCUUCCUGGGAGACCGCGUGGAGCGCUGCCAAAGGAUCGAGCUGAAACAGGGCUACACCUUUUUCAUCCCUUCCGGCUGGAUCCAUGCAGUCUACACCCCCGUAGACUCUCUGGUAUUUGGCGGAAACAUCCUGCACAGCUUUAACGUGCCCAUGCAGCUGCGGAUUUAUGAGAUCGAGGACAGAACGCGGGUGCAGCCGAAAUUCCGAUACCCCUUCUACUAUGAGAUGUGCUGGUAUGUCUUGGAGAGAUACGCGUACUGUGUGACCCAGCGGUCCUACCUCACUCAGGAGUACAAGAGGGAAUCGAUGCUGAUUGAUGCCCCAAGAAAGCCCAGUGUAGACGGCUUCUCCUCGGAUUCCUGGCUGGAGAUGGAGGAGGAGUCUUGUGAGCAGCAGCCCCAGGAGGAGGAAGAGGAGGGUGCAGAUAAGGGGCCCAAGCCACCUGCCGAUGGCCCUGCCUCGCCCACCAGCACCCCCUCUGAGGACCAGGAGCCCCCCGGGAAGAAGCCCAAAGCACCUGCCCUGCGGUUCCUCAAAAGGACUUUGUCUAACGAGUCGGAGGAAAGCGUCAAGUCCACGACGACGCCCGUAGACUACCCCAAGACGCCCACCGGCUCGCCCACCACGGAGGCCUCUGCCAAAUGGACCCACCUCACCGAGUUUGAACUGAAGGGGCUGAAAGCUCUGGUGGAGAAACUUGAAUCCCUCCCGGAAAACAAGAAGUGUGUCCCCGAGGGCAUCGAGGACCCCCAGGCACUCCUGGAGGGCGUGAAGAAUGUCCUGAAGGAGCACGCAGAUGAUGACCCCAGUCUGGCCAUCACUGGGGUCCCAGUAGUCACUUGGCCAAAGAAGACUCCAAAGAACCGAGCCAUAGGGAGGCCCAAGGGGAAGCUGGGCCCCGCCUCCGCGGUGAAGUUGGCCGCCAACCGGACCACGGCGGGAGCUCGCCGGCGCCGGACGCGAUGCCGCAAGUGCGAGGCCUGCCUGCGGACCGAGUGCGGAGAGUGCCACUUCUGCAAGGACAUGAAGAAGUUCGGGGGCCCCGGGCGGAUGAAGCAGAGCUGCAUCAUGCGGCAGUGCAUCGCGCCAGUGCUGCCCCACACGGCCGUGUGCCUCGUGUGCGGCGAGGCGGGGAAGGAGGACACCGUGGAGGAAGAAGAAGGCAAGUUUAACCUCAUGCUCAUGGAGUGCUCCAUCUGCAACGAAAUCAUCCACCCUGGAUGCCUUAAGAUUAAGGAGUCAGAGGGCGUAGUCAACGACGAGCUUCCAAACUGCUGGGAGUGUCCAAAGUGUAACCACGCUGGCAAGACCGGGAAACAAAAGCGUGGCCCGGGCUUUAAGUACGCCUCCAACCUGCCCGGCUCCCUGCUCAAGGAGCAGAAGAUGAACCGCGACAACAAGGACGGCCAGGAGUCGGCCAAGCGGAGGAGCGAGUGCGAGGAGGCCCCGCGGCGCAGGUCGGACGAGCACCCCAAGAAGGUGCCCCCGGAGAGCAUCCUGCGCCGAAAGUCGGACGAUGUGCACCUGAGGAGGAAGCGGAAAUACGAGAAGCCCCAAGAGCCGAGCGGACGCAAGCGACUAAAACCUGGCAAAGAAGAUAAGCUUUUCAGGAAAAAGNGUCCCCUGCGGCGGUCCUGGAAGAAUGCAGAGGACCGGAUGGCUCUAGCCAACAAGCCACUGCGGCGCUUCAAGCAGGAACCGGAGGACGACCUGCCCGAGGCGCCCCCCAAGAGCAGGGAGAGCGACCACUCCCGCUCCAGCUCCCCCACAGCCGGACCCAGCACCGAGGGCGCCGAGGGCCCCGACGAGAAGAAGAGGGUGAAGGUGCGGCGGAAACGGCGGCUCCCCAACAAGGAGCUGAGCAAGGAGCUGAGCAAGGAGCUGAACCAGGAGAUCCAGAAGACGGAGAGCAGCCUGGCCAGCGAGAACCACCAGCCCAUCAAGUCGGAGCCCGAGAGUGAGAACGAGGAGCCCAAGCGGCCCCCGGGCCUCUGCGAGCGCCCCCACCGCUUCAGCAAGGGGCUCAAUGGCACGACCCGGGAGCUGCGCCACCAGCUGGGGCCCGGCCUGCGCAGCCCCCCGCGAGUCAUCUCGCGCCCCCCUCCCUCCGUGUCCCCGCCCAAGUGCAUCCAGAUGGAGCGACACGUGAUCCGGCCGCCGCCCAUCAGCCCCCCACCGGACUCGCUGCCCCUGGAUGACGGGGCGGCCCACGUCAUGCACAGGGAGGUGUGGAUGGCCGUCUUCAGCUACCUCAGCCACCAAGACCUAUGCGUCUGCAUGCGGGUCUGCAGGACCUGGAACCGCUGGUGCUGUGAUAAGCGGUUAUGGACCCGCAUUGACCUGAACCACUGCAAGUCCAUCACGCCCUUGAUGCUGAGUGGCAUCAUCCGGCGACAGCCUGUCUCCCUGGACCUCAGCUGGACCAAUAUCUCCAAGAAACAGCUGAGUUGGCUCAUCAAUCGGUUGCCUGGGCUCCGAGACUUGGUGCUGUCGGGCUGCUCGUGGAUCGCGGUCUCGGCCCUCUGUAGCUCCAGCUGUCCAUUGCUCCGGACCCUGGAUGUCCAGUGGGUAGAAGGGCUAAAGGAUGCCCAGAUGCGGGAUCUCCUGUCUCCGCCCACGGAUAACCGGCCAGGUCAGAUGGACAAUCGGAGCAAGCUCCGGAACAUUGUGGAGCUGCGGCUCGCGGGCCUGGACAUCACGGACGCCUCCCUGCGCCUCAUCAUCCGCCACAUGCCCCUGCUCUCCAAGCUCCACCUUAGUUACUGUAACCACGUGACCGACCAGUCCAUCAACCUGCUCACUGCCGUGGGCACCACCACCCGGGACUCCUUAACUGAAAUCAACUUGUCAGACUGCAAUAAGGUUACUGACCAGUGCCUGUCCUUCUUCAAACGCUGUGGCAACAUCUGUCACAUUGACCUGAGGUACUGCAAGCAAGUCACCAAGGAGGGCUGUGAGCAGUUCAUAGCAGAAAUGUCUGUGAGUGUCCAGUUUGGGCAGGUGGAAGAAAAACUCCUGCAAAAACUGAGUUAGUCCAAGGACUGGUGUGUAAAUAUGGGGU